AUGUCAGCCUCAAGCUCAGAUGAAGAAACCUUCAAAUCAAACAUAAAUCUACCCAACUUCAAUCUAAGGAAGAAACAACCGAAGCCUAAUCGCAAGAGAAACCUCGCUAAAGCCGGACAGAAACUCAAAUCGGGAGGAAAGGCAGUGAGAUUCCCUCUGAAUCCCCUGCUGAACCGUCAUUCCACGAUCAGUACAUCAACGAAAAAUGAUGAUUCAAGCGAUUCAGAUUUUCUGAUUCAAGAAGGCGUCAGUAUGGAACCUGAAUUUGACUCAAACUUACCUAACUUCACAUCUUUUAACCCAGGCAUUGGAACAUCUUCACGUAUGGAAAACAACGAUGAUGGCGAAAGUGAAGAAGAUGAGGAAGAAGAGGACGAAGACGAUGUCGAUAGGAGGUUAAGUUCUGCGGUGCCACAGUACUCCGAUGAUGAUGACAGCUCAGUAAACGAAUCUGUGCAUCCUUUUGAACAGCCGCCUGCUCCCUUACAAGAACAUCAGACAAGAAGAUCUUCACAAUCGUCACAUAACAUAUUCCGUAGAAAUUCCAGGCAGAAUUCCGUAAGCACAGAUAUCACCGAACAAAGAGAGGACGCCACUUCAUCCCGUUCCUUGAAUUCCGAAGAAAAAGCGUCAGGUUUCAGGCAGCUUUUGCGCAGAAUGACAUUAGUAGGUGAUAAUCCAGCAGAGGAUGCUACCUUUUCCGAAGCUGCGCCAUCUGCCUCGGAUACUUUCCUUGGCAGAGUCUUGAGUCUCUCGCAGAAUGGUGGUACUGGUCUUAGUGGAGGAGGUUUGGCACCAGGAGGCUCUAGGCAGACAGACCCGAGACUCAAUAACAUUGAUGAAGAAUCUGAGGUAGGGUUGGAUCCAGAAGAUCCAAUGUCUGAAGCCAUUGAGUUGAAAAGGAUGGACUUUGCAAAACUAAGUGAAGAAGCUCAGCAUUUGAUAUCAGGGCAUGUACCAGAGUCUAAAAAAUUGAUGAAGCAUUUAGAUAUAGAUGAAGUCCACGAAGAAUCUCCCACUGGAAGGUCCCAGGACUUAGAAAAAGAAAACACCGAAGUGAAUCAUACGCCCCCUCCCAACGAAGAGUCUGAAGAAUUCCUAGCUCCAAAUCCCGAUCUUUUCCUUAGAGGUGAAGGUCGUCAUGAAGAUGACGACUACAUGAUGUUAGACGAAGAAGUAGGAGGUGGUUACAUUCCACCACCAAGUAAAGUUCAUGCUGGUGUGCUUUCAUCCUUACUUAAACUUUAUCAGAAUCCUCAAGAAGCAAAGUCCUCAGGAUCAUUUGCCACAACAUCAGGCGGAACUACUUUAGCUGGCGAUCAAGAUGAUGAUUAUAUGUAUGAAGGAAAGCGUUCACACACUACGGAAUAUAAAAAGAUCAAGAAAGGAAUACGUAAUGCUCCUAGACAUUUGAUCAAUGUCAUACCAGGAAGCAAGAAAAAGACUGCCAUAGCUGAUACGACCAAUAGCUCAGGUGAAAGCCCUACAAAUGAAAAGUUUGGCAGUGGUAAUGAUUCUGAAGAUGGUGAACUUGAUGAAAGUGCUCGUGCAUUACCUUCUUUCCAGAAUGCCAAACCUAAGUUUGCCCCUAAAAAGCAAACAAAUGUAAAAGUUCCAAAGUUUACAGGUAAGAACAAGAAGAAUAAGUUAGCUCAACAACUUCGUAUUACAGUACAUAUUGCUGACAUUCUUCAAAGACAAAGAUUUAUAUUGAGAAUGUGCAAGGCGCUUAUGUUAUUUGGUGCACCUACUCAUAGAUUGGAGGAAUAUAUGAUUAUGACAAGUAGAGUAUUGGAGAUUGACGGUCAAUUUAUGUACUUCCCAGGUUGUAUGAUUGUUGCAUUUGGUGAUGCUGCUACCAGAACAUCUGAAGUUCAUUUAGUUCGUUGUGCCCAAGGGUUGAACCUUUCUAAAUUACGAGAUUCUCACGCAAUUUAUAAGAGUGUUAUCCACGAUUAUGCUGGAGUUGAAGAGUCUGCUGUUAAAUUGGAAGAAUUAUUGAAAAGAAAGAACUUAUAUCCUCCAUGGAUGUGUGUGAUUUUUUACGGCAUAGGUUCAUCGAUGGUAGCCCCCUUCGCUUUUGGUGGAGGAUGGUACGAUAUUCCAAUUUGCUUCUUUGUAGGAUGCUGUGUGGGUUACUUACAAUUUUUUGUAUCAUCAAAAUCGAAUUUAUACUCCUCCGUUUUUGAAGUUACUUCUUCUAUCGUUGUUAGUUUUAUUGCAAGAGGAAUUGGAAGUAUCAGUGGUGGUCACUUUUGUUUCGCAGCUAUUGCUCAAGGGUCUUUGGCAUUGAUUUUGCCUGGGUAUAUUAUUCUUUGUGGGUCAUUAGAAUUGCAAUCGAGAAACUUAGUUGCUGGAUCCGUUAGAAUGUUUUACGCUAUUAUUUACUCCUUAUUUAUAGGAUUUGGGAUUACGUUGGGAGCUUCAUUAUUUGGGUGGGUUUAUAAAGAUGCUACAUCUGACUCAGAAUGCCCAUCUGGGCACAAUAUGAGUGCUAUCUAUAGAAUUAUCUUCGUUCCAAUGUUCUCGAUUAUUUUAGGAGUCAUAAAUCAAGCUAGCUGGAGGCAAUUGCCAGUUAUGGUAGUGAUUGCGUCAAUUGGUUACAUUGCUAACUACUUUGCUGGUAAACAUUUUUCAAAUGUUACGGAAUUUACAGCGGCAAUAGGUGCCUUUGUAGUUGGUAUAUUAGGGAAUAUGUAUUCAAGAAUUUGGAAGGGUAUGGCAGUUAGUGCUAUGUUGCCAGCUAUUUUUGUCCAAGUACCUUCCGGUAUUGCAUCCCAAAGUACAUUGUUGACAGGUAUUACCACAGCAGACCAAAUCACCGGAAGUAAUGGAACGACUACCACUACCACAACUUCCAACAGUAGUAGUGCGCUACUGUUCGGGGCUACCAUGGUUGAAGUAUCCAUCGGUAUUAGUGUUGGGUUAUUUGCUGCAGCUUUAUGCGUUUAUCCUUUCGGUAAGAAGAGAACCAGUCUUUUCACUUUAUAG